ACACACACACACACACACACACACACACACACACACACACACACACACACAGGUAAUCAACACAAAGCUUCCUCUUACAUCAUGCACACACACCCUCUCCAUAGCCUCUUGCGCGUUAAACGCCACCACCAGCAUGCACCAAACAGCAGGGCUGUAUCUGUGUUUGAUCGGCGCCCUCGCAUGCCCCAUCAGUUCCCACAGGUUUAUGGCUUUACUGCCCGGCCCUUUAGACGCUCCGGGGCCCGGACGGGAUGGCUGGGCGCUUCCCUAAAAGCUGAAUUAUUCUGAAUCAUUUCACUAAAGGCAGCAGAUGCUACUUGUAGGUCUGUGGUCUUCCAUCUAGGAGUUGGAGGUGGUGGGGGCAAUCAAGGCGUCCUGGUGCCUGCUAAAUGCCACCCACUUCUGCAUGACCGCGUCUGAGUGCUUAUCUGACCCUGGCCGUCAUUGUGUCGUCUGCACCUCGCCCACUUUAUGCCUCUCACACGCCCCCUACCAGGGUCGCCCCUUCCUUCUUUGCGGUCAACUGUACGGGACAUGUGUCUGGUCGCUCAGUGCCACGCUGGACAGCGCAUGCGGAAGCAAGAGGGCUGGCUCGCACAUCGGAUAGAGAAGGUUCGGAGGACGAGAUUUACUGAAGAUCCGAUUGAUUCUUUUUUGAAAGGAUCGGGUUAGAUAAAACCCAAGAAUGAGAUCCUCAGGAAUAAAGCUUGUGGACUGUUUCAGCAUGUGGUUGGGAAAAGCCUCUUGUACCAAUCUCUGGUUCAGAAGAUUUUGUCUCGUCUUCUCAUCUUCAACCUCGGCUUAGUCUGAGGCACCGGUCUCCGGGGGUGACUUGGAUACGAUGGUCGUCUUGCCGCGGUGCGGUCGCUACACCUCGCGUCUCCUCAGCUAAACCGGCCGAUCCGGCCAACGUCCAGCGUGUCCCGAUGGGAGCGUCGGCCGUCUCCGUGAAGGACUGCGUGUCUCUGUUCGUCUACUGCUUCACCUUCCUCCUGGGCCUGCCCGCCAACCUGCUGGUGCUCUUCGUGUACGUCCGCAAGGCGCGCAAGCGGGGCGCCACGCCCAACGUGGUGUACGCCCUCAACCUGUGCCUGGCCAACCUGGCCCUGGUGGCCUGGCUGCCCGUCAAGGCCCUGGAGGUCUUCCUCCAGGGCUGGGUGCUGCCGGGCUUCCUGUGCCCCAUCUACAACUUCUUCCUGUUCGCCUCGGUGUACGGCAGCUGCCUGUUCCUCACGGCCGUCACGGUGGGCCGCUACCUCAGCAUCGCCUUCCCCAUCGCCUACAAGCUGUACCGCCGCGCGCGCAUCUCCUGCUUCAUCAGCGUGGCGCUCUGGGCCGUGGUGCUGCUCCACCUGUCGCUGGGCCUGGUGGCCGAGGGCGGGGCUUUCUUCGUGACGCGGCCCGACGGCGAGGGCGGGGCGGCGGCGUGCUACGACCACUUCGACGAGUCGCAGCUGGAAGUGCUGCUGCCCCUGCGGCUGGAGAUGGCCGUGUGCCUGUUCCUCGUGCCGCUGGCCAUCACGUGCUUCGGCACGCUGCGCUGCGUCACGCUGGUGUGGCGCUCCUGCCUGCCGGCGGCGGGGAAGAGGCGGGUGCUGGCGGUGGCGCUGACCACCCUGGCGGUGUUUGUGGUGUGCUACGCGCCCUACAACGCCUCGCACGUGGUGGGCUUCGCCACGUGGGACGACGUGUGGUGGCGCAGCGGCGCCAUGAUCACCAGCACCUGCAACGUCUUCCUGGAGCCCGUGGUCAUGCUGAUGCUGUCGCCCGCCGUGUCCCGCGGCAUCAUGGGCAGGGUGUGCGGCGGCAGUGGGCGUCGCCCGACAUCGUCCGUGCCGCGGUCGGCGCAGAGUCGCCCGCGUAACACCCUGUCGCAGGACCCCGGUGGGGAUGUCAGGGAAAACCCCUCGCUGUCCGAUAAGGGUCCGCCUGAAGUCACGAUGACCAGGUUGAGUCAAGACUGACCGGAAGGGAAGGACGGUCUCGAACGCGACUGGAUAUGGUGGACAUGUGCUGACUCAUGCUGUUGCCACGGCAGCAGAUGGGCAGAGGGAUCAUGGCGUGGGUUGGAGGUGUGUACCAGUCUUCAGUAGGUUACUAAUGAAGCGUUUGAAUGGAACUUGGAUGGACACUUUACACUUGUAAUCAGGAGGUACCCUGACUUUAUGCUUUUUCUCAUUCUUUUUAUUGCUUUUUGGAAGAUUAAUGUUGCUUUCUCUGAAUAAUAAAAACACAUAGAUGCAAACCAGAUAGAUAAGGUAUUUUCUCACGAGCAGCCACUACUCUUAUCGCAUUGUUAUAUGAUGUUCAUGAACCAAUUAAGACACACCUCUUUCUCACACACACACACACACUAACACACACACACACACACACACACACACACACACACACACACUAACACACACACACACACACACACACACACACACACACACACACACACACACACACACACACACACCAGGUUCAAUGGUAGAUUACGUUUGAUUUGGUGUGAAGUGAUGCUUUACGCUUAAUGGUGCAUCAGUCAUUAUAAAAUUUAAGAUCAGACACGUCUGUAGGUCAUGUUUGUGUAAAUAAUUUUGUUUAAUUUUAGGCAAUGUGUUUUCAUUUAAUGCUCCCUUCAAAAUAAAAAGUAUUUCUGAAAUGUUCACUGUACAGAGAAAUCUAUCCAGGGUAUUAUGGGUCCAAGAGGCAAAAAGUUCAGUUCAGAAUGUAUAUGUAUGUGUAAGACCUGUGUACCAAGUUUACAAAUGUUGUAUCCAUCGGUGCGGCGGGCUGAUCGUUUAACUUUGACCGUGAAUUAUAGCGCCCCCCUAUGGGCAAAAUGGUCCAAAUGUUUUGUAAACCUGCUCUUCCAGGAUACCAUUCACAGGCUAAAAUAUGGGCGCUACCAAAUAAAAAAGAAUAAUACCCAAACAAGACAAUAACAAUUGAUAUCCAAAAAUUAACUGUGAAUAGCUACCUAUUUAUACAUUUAAUCUGUAUGUUAACCUGUGUGUAAAUUGCAAUUCACUUUUAAUAAACACAACCUACAAACAAA